GCUGAGCAGCUGUGCAGCCUCGGUAUCGCUCACCAUCAGACAACGGGAGUCACCGGCGCUGAACACACCGAUUCUCGCCCGACGCAAACGUUGAACCGUUCGGUGAAACGCUGCCCUUCAGGAGCUUUGUGUCAGUGAAGCGACAUGGGGGACCGAGUAGCUCUGCUGCUGCUGGCUGUAGCAGCUUCGGCCCUGGCCGCCGAGGUGCCUACGGAUGUGUCUAUGGGUCUGUUGGCAGAGCCCCAGGUGGCCAUGUUUUGCGGUAAACUCAACAUGUACAUCAACGUGCAGAGCGGCAAGUGGGAGCCGGACCCCUCGGGCACCAAGAGCUGCAUCGGCACCAAGGAGGGCAUCUUGCAGUACUGCCAGGAGGUGUACCCAGAGCUCCAGAUUACCAAUGUCGUGGAGGCCAACCAGCCAGUCAGCAUCCAGAACUGGUGCAAGAAGGGACGCAAGCAGUGUCGCAGUCACAUGCACAUCGUGGUGCCCUAUCGCUGCCUGGUGGGAGAAUUUGUGAGCGACGCCCUGCUCGUUCCUGACAAGUGCAAGUUCCUGCACCAGGAGCGCAUGAACCAGUGUGAGAGCCACCUGCACUGGCACACUGUAGCCAAGGAGUCCUGCGGCGACCGCGCCAUGAAUCUCCACGACUACGGGAUGCUGUUGCCGUGCGGCAUCGACCGUUUCCGAGGAGUGGAGUUUGUGUGCUGUCCCGCGGAGGCGGAGCGUGAAGCCGACAGCGCCGAGCAGGACGCCGAUGAUUCCGAUGUCUGGUGGGGUGGAGCGGAGACUGACUACUCUGACAACAGUAUGGUGCGAGAGCCAGAGCCAGCGGAGCAGCAAGAGGAAACCAGGCCAUCUGUGGUAGAGGAGGAUGAGGAAGAGGAGGAGGUGGCUGAGGAAGAUGAUGAGGAAGAGGAGGAGGAAGAGGACAUGCUUGACAACGACCAGGAUGGAGACGGAGAGGAGGACGAAGAGGUGGUGGAGGAGGAGGAGGAGGAGGAAGAGGAGGAGGAGGAGGGAGACGACGACAUUGUCGAGACGCUUGACGACAACGAUGACGCUGACGAGCCCACCACCAACGUUGCCAUGACGACCACCACCACCACCACCACCACCGAGUUUGUGGAAGAGGUUGUCAGAGAUGUGUGCUGGGCCAACGCAGAGACCGGUCCGUGCCGGGCCAUGCUGCCCCGCUGGUUCUUUGACCGUCAUGGUGGCAGCUGUGCUCAGUUCAUCUACGGCGGCUGUGGAGGCAACAGGAAUAACUUUGAGUCAGAGGAGUACUGCAUGUCUGUCUGCAGCAGUGUCAUACCCACAGCCACACCCAGCUCCCCCGACGCCGUGGACCACUACCUGGAGACGCCUGCUGAUGAAAACGAACACGCCCACUUCCAGAAGGCCAAAGAGAGCCUGGAGGCCAAGCACCGCGAGAGGAUGUCACAGGUGAUGAGAGAGUGGGAGGAGGCUGAGAGGGAAGCCAAGAAUCUCCCACGUGCUGACAAGAAGGCUGUCAUCCAGCGUUUCCAGGAGAAGGUGGAGGCGCUGGAGCAGGAGGCGGCCAGUGAGCGGCAGCAGCUGGUGGAGACCCAUAUGGCCAGGGUGGAGGCUCUGCUGAAUGACCGCCGCCGCCUGGCUCUGGAGAGCUACCUGACUGCGCUGCAGCAGGACCCACCCAGGCCUCGCCAUGUCUUCAGCCUGUUGAAGAAGUACGUUCGUGCCGAGCAGAAGGACAGACAGCACACCCUCAAACACUUUGAACACGUCCGCAUGGUGGAUCCCAAGAAGGCUGCACAGAUCAGACCUCAGGUUCUGACCCACCUGCGUGUCAUUGAGGAGCGUAUGAACCAGUCUCUGGGAAUUCUCUACAAGGUGCCGGGUGUGGCGGAUGACAUCCAGGACCAAGUUGAGCUCCUGCAGAGGGAGCAGGCGGAGAUGGCCCAGCAGCUGGCCAACCUGCAGACAGACGUGAGGAUGAGCUACGGCAACGAUGCCCUGAUGCCCGACCAGGAGCUGGGAGACGGCCAGACCGACCUGCUGCCCCAGGAGGACUCACUGAGCCUGGGGGGAGUCGGGUUCAUCCACCCUGAGAGCUUCAACCAGCCCAACACUGAGAACCAGGUUGAGCCAGUGGACUCUCGCCCCAAUCUUGACAGAGGCAUUCCCACACGGCCAGUGACUGGAAUGAAGAUGGAAGCUAUUCCUGAGCUGCGGAUGGAGACAGAGGACCGACAGAGCGCUGAAUAUGAAGUUCACCACCAGAAACUGGUCUUCUUCGCAGAGGACGUGGGCUCCAACAAGGGCGCCAUCAUCGGCCUGAUGGUCGGAGGCGUCGUCAUAGCAACCGUGAUCGUCAUCACCUUGGUGAUGCUGAGGAAGAAGCAGUACACCUCCAUCCACCACGGAGUCAUCGAGGUUGAUGCUGCGGUCACCCCCGAGGAGCGCCACCUGUCUAAGAUGCAGCAGAACGGCUACGAGAACCCAACCUACAAGUUCUUUGAGCAGAUGCAGAACUGAAGAGAAAGUCACAUGUCCACACACACACACACAAACACACAAACAUCUCAUCCUACACAUCAAGCACCUCCCCUCCUCCUCCCACCCUCCAGACUAGUCCCACGUCUCCAAAAGAUUAUUUGCGCGACUGAAAUAGUCAGUUUCGCGCGUACAGAGCGACUGUAGCCAGGGUUUUCUUUCCUUUUUGCCUGGGCGGACACUGUGGCCAAGCCAGUUUGCACCUAGUUUGUUCACUUUGUCGGAGCAAGACACCUUUUAAUUACAGAAAGCCGUUUUUAUAUGCUGCUCCAUCUGGGCCUGCUGAUGUAUGAAAAAAGGCCCCGCCCAGUGCAUCAAAGUAAACCCACUGUUUGGGGAAAAAAGCGUGCUCUCUCCGCACUGAUUCAGGGCCAGUGUAUAGAUGGGGGGGUUUUUUGGCUUGGGAUGGUUUUAGGUGUGGUCUUGUGUAGGCAAAUCUGGCCACUGAUCAGUAGGGUUUUCAGCGCACGCUGGCCUGGGCCUCAUUUACAAAAACGGGUUGCAUCAUCAAAAUCAUUUCGAAUCAUGACUCGACGUGUGGACGUAUUCAUAUUCAUUUGUUUCUAUCGUAUUCUUUGUAAUGAUUAUAUAAUGAAUUAUAAGCUUAAAUCAAGCAACGUGAUUUUUGGAAAUGAAGCCCAGUGUUUCCUCAUCAACUGCACCACUACUGCACUCACUCUACAGUCUACACUGGAGUACAAGUGAGCCUCCCCUCCCUCCCCUCCUCCUCCUCCAUCCCUCCCUCCAUCCUCUUUUCUUUGCGCAUUCUUACGACAGCUGGGCUGUGCUAAGUCACACAAGGCUCUUAAGGAUAUCUGGACAUGCUGAUGAUAAUGAAUAUGUUGAUGACGACAGUAGUAAUUAUGUAUUCUGAAUGAGCUGUUUUUAUUUUAGGGUUUUUCUCUUUCGUUUCCAGUUUUGUUUUUCAAAAAAGAAUGAAAACGGAGAAAAAAAAACAGAAGUCAACCGAUGUAAAGUCCUUUUUUUAAAUUGCGUGUAAUGUUACUGAAGUAAUGCUGAAGUCUUAGCUGUUCCUAUGUAGUGCAUGACAACAAUGACAACAGGAUUUGGAAAAACAGAAAAAAACAAGAUCUUAUCGCUGCUCUCUCUGAGAUCCUUUCUCACAUAUAGAUUGUCAUUCUAGCAAGAUUGUACAUUUAGUAUCUUCUCGUGAUCACGUGACUUCAAACAAUGAUGAAAAAUAUAUAUAAAUCUAGAUGAACGGGCUCUGCUUUGAUAUCAUGUAAAAUACACAUUUAAAAGAGAUCUGUGAUUUUUGGAAUUUAAGUGUGUUCCUCAUUUCUUGUAUUUUUUUUUUUUUUUUUUUUUUUUUUUUAAGUCAUGCUAUGUUCCUGAAGCUACAGGAGGGGGGCUGGCUUCAUCCCUGUUUGUAUAUUAUUCUCAUUCAAUGAAAUAUAUUCUGUUAAAAAUCCUUAUCACCCCCUUUCAUUUUUGCUCUUUUGUUCAAUCAUGUCGCUGUGUUUUUUGAAAAGAGCAUGCUGUGGGUGUGAAGGUUACAGGGAGCAGGAAGGGGAAUGGAAACACAGAAGGGAUCCAGUAUGGAGGAAGGGCUAGGAUCAUCUCCGCCUGUAUGUGUUCUGUCAUUUUCAGUCCGGUGUUUUGUCCAGUUGUAAGCCGACAUUGUCUGUUUUUUGGUUUUGUGAUCAUUUUGCUGUCUGCUGAUAGAACUGAUGGGGUGCUGAGAGGAGGAGGAAGGAGAGCAAGGUAGAGAGGAAAUGACUUGCAGUUCCGGAUGGAUAGCCAGCCAGGCAGGCAGUCUGUAUAUAUAAUGGAUUUUCCCUCCCUCCCCCCCAGCACCUCCCUUCCCUCCCUCCUCCUUUGCCUUCACUUCCCCUCAGGCAUGCUGCUCACCUCUUUGCCAUCAAUGCACACAUGACUCCUCAGAGGCAGAGCACUGUAGUCUGUAUAUAGAUGAUAGGCGUUCACCAUCGAGGGAGAGAGCUGAGAGCCAGUCGGGGAUGAGAAAGCAGGGAUCAAACAUUAGUCUGAGGUAAAUUCAAGCUAACAGCAGGCGAGAGUCCCCUGUUCAUCUUCAUACAGCCAGCUCGUGUUGAAGGUUUGCCACCAUCUCAACAUUGCAUCAAAAGAAAUACAGUGUGACCCCUCGCUCUGUUAUUCAAUCUAAUAGCGAGUAAGAUCUGUGAGGGAAUGGUGAGUGAAAUGUACAUAUGGAGGCUGCAGUGGGGCGAGUCCUUGGUUUUCAGAGGGUGCUCAGUAGAAGCCCGACAGAGGGCAGUAGAUUACAAGAGGAAGCAGGAUUUUCUUUCUAUCUUUUUCUGUGGAUUAUAUAUUGGUUUUGUUUUCCACUGUGUAAUAUUGUGCAGGCCAUUUGCAUUGACUGGGAAAACGCUUUCUACACUGUAUUCCAUAAUAAAGUUUUGAAUGUACAUACA